UUUUUCUUAUCCCUUGUCAUCUGGUAUUGACAAAGCUUGUCUAUAGGGCACUCAAAUUUGACAGGCAGUCUGAUGGAAAGUUGCCCCCCACUUGCAUUGCGGUGCUUUAAUUUUUGUGAGAUAAACUCCACCCUCCAUGUUCAUGAAAAAAAAAUAGGAGAUGGCCUCGCCUUAUUACCCCUCUUUUUUUAGACCUAUAACAAGAUUCAACAAAAAUACCGAAACCGAUGUCAGUCGCAUCAUUAAGGGUUUACGACCGUUCAAACAAGCUACAGCUUUCAAUAGCAUUCGCGCUCUACACAUGAGUAACACUUUGACACGAGAGAUGCCCGAGACACAUAGACCUGAUGUGGGUGCAUCAAGCUUAUUUGACAAUGUUAUUCAAGAAGCAGAAGCAGUAGAAUCGAAAAAUACAGUAAAGGAAUAUACUUUUUCAUCUUCCAACUUUAGAGUCAGUCCACAAAAGUUGAAUAUGCUUGCUCGACAAAUCCGCAAUCUACCAGUGGAAGAAGCCAUUAAGCAGAUGGAAUUUUCAGAUAAAAGAGCAGCAAAGAAGAUUAUGCACAAUUUAGCAUUUGCUAAGAAGAAUGCAGAGUCUCAGAUGGAUAUGUCCAAUAUGAUCAUUUCACAAGCUUGGGUAGGCAAAGGGCUAUUUCUAAAACGUAUCAAGCUACGUGGUAGAGGCGGUUUUGGUGUUAUGCAUCGUCCCAGAGCACACAUCAAAUUCAUUCUUAAAGAAAUGGAACCUGUAGAAGCUGAGAGUGAUAAGAGAAAUAUUAGAGGAUGGAAACGAUACAAGAAAACAUGGACGCCUUUGCUAGAAACAAAGCCUAUCUAUAAUGCAAAACCAUUUUACAAUUGGUAAAAAAAAAAAAAUCAAUCUUCGUCUUUGUAGAACCCCCCCCACCCCAACAUGAUGACAAUGAUAAAUGUACCCAUAAGGGAUGUUAUUUCGUU